GGCACUGCCAGCAUGCUGUUGGAACAGGGUUGUCCAACCCAUCACAUCCAGAACCCCAGAGGUUCUGUGGAGCUGAUCCAAAAUAACAACAUUACAUCACACUCUCAUCGACACCAGGGCCUAAAACACUCACACACUGGCAUCACACAGCUUCAGCCUCAGAACAUCCGUCUGCAGCUUCGGCCAGGUGAGCCUCAGAUGUUCGAGGUGAAGUUUAAGCGAGUAGAGGAUUACCCCAUUGAUCUGUAUUACCUGAUGGAUCUGUCCUUCUCUAUGGAAGAUGACCUGGUCAAUGUUAAAAAACUGGGCACUGAUUUAAUGGAAGAGAUGAAGAACAUCACAGGUGACUUCAGAAUGGGAUUUGGGGCUUUUGUGGAUAAGACAGUAAUCCCCUAUAUCAGCACUACAGAGGAGAUGCUUCAAAAUCCCUGCAAAAGGACAGAGCCUAUGCCCUGUGCCCCACCCUUCUCCUUUCAGAAUGUUCUAAGCCUGACAUGCAAUGGCACUCUCUUCAGUCAGCUGGUAGGAGAGCAACGAAUCUCAGGGAAUCUGGAUUCUCCUGAGGGAGGGUUGGACGCUCUCAUGCAGGCAGCUGUGUGUGAGGAGCACAUUGGUUGGAGGAAUGUGACUCGUCUGUUGGUGUUCUCCACAGACGCAGGUUUCCAUUUUGCUGGGGAUGGAAAACUGGGGGGGAUUGUACUCCCUAAUGAUGGAAAAUGUCACUUGGAGAAUAACAGGUACACCAUGGGAGACAGGCAGGAUUACCCAUCCAUCUCUCAGCUCGCUGAAAAACUGAGGGAGAAAAAUAUUCAAGUCAUAUUUACUGUCACCAGGGAUGUGAUACACCUGUAUGAGGGUCUGAAGGCUCUUCUCCCUAAGUCUACAGUAGGAACACUUUCAAACAACUCCCACAACGUCCGCCAGCUGAUUGUGGAGGCCUAUAAUGCCCUGACCUCUGAAGUUAUCAUGGACACCAGUGAACUUCCUGAAGGCUAUGAAGUUUCCUUCAGCACUUUCUGUAAGGACCACAUAGAGAGAAGUGGAGAGGAGGGAAAGAGGUGUUCCAAUAUCUCCAUCGGAGACCAGAUUGUGUUUAAAGUGACGGUGUUAGCUCCUGCCUGUGUGUCCGGUACGGGACGUUCCCGGUUAGUGAUCAGGCCCCAGGGGUACACUGAGGAGGUGGAGGUGGAGCUUUCAACCUUGUGCGAGUGCCCUUGCCAAUCACACAGCAUCCCAGAGAGUCCAGUCUGUAGUGACGGCAAUGGUACACUGGAGUGUGGAGCCUGCAGAUGUAAGGAGGGACGUGCUGGCACAUUUUGUGAGUGUCACUCAGAUUUCUUCAGUCAGCUGUCAAAGAGAGACCUCUGUCGUCGUGAUAACUUCUCAGAGGUCUGCAGCGGACAUGGAGAAUGUGUGUGUGGAAAGUGUAUGUGUGGAAAGAGCCCUAAAAAUAUUGAACACAUCUAUUACGGGAGGUACUGUGAAUGUGACAACUUCCGCUGUGACCAGUAUCAGGGUCAAAUCUGUGGAGGGCGUGGUAAUUGCGAGUGUGGAGUUUGUCAGUGUUUCCCAGGAUUCACUGGGAGUAGAUGUGAAUGCUCACUUGCAAUUGAACCAUGUGUGUCAGAAAAUGGCCUGGUAUGUGCAGGCAGAGGGGUGUGUGAGUGUGGCAUUUGCAUCUGCGCAGACAAACGCUACCACGGCCCAACCUGCAGCAUCUGCCCUUCCUGCCCAAACACAUGCACCCAGCACAGGCAGUGUGUGCUAUGUCGUGUGUUUAACCAGGAACUGUCAGAGGAGCAGUGUGAGCGAGAGUGUGGUCACAUAAACAUCACUUUGCUGCAGGAAUCCAGACAGCUCCCUCAAGGCCUGAACCUUCAGCAGUGCAAAGAGAGAGAUGCCGACCACUGCUGGGUUCAUUUCACUUAUCAGGAAAUACAGAGAGGGAGCACAGUGUUCAUCCACGCUGCUCUUAACAGAGAGUGCCCUUCAGGACCAGACAUUGUGGUGAUCACAGUGGUGUUGUCAGUUACUAUAGUGAUAGUGGGCGUGGCCCUGCUCCUGAUGUGGAAGUUAAUCACAACCAUACAGGACCACAAAGAGUUCAUCCGUUUUCAGAAUGAGCUGGAGAAAGCACGUUGGGAGGCGGGAGACAACCCGAUCUAUCGGAGCGCUGUCACGAUCACUCUCAAUCCAAAGUACAAGGCUCAGUGA